AUGAGUACAAGCAAUAGCAACACCAAUAGUGGUAAUAAUAAUAAUAAUGGUAAUAAAAACAACAACAAUAACAAAAAGAAUAACAAUAAUGGAUGUUGUGACCCUUCACCAAAAUCUAAAUCUAAACCAAUAGAUCCCAGUAAACCAAAAUUACAAACCCCAAAAACCGUAGUAAUGCCAGAUGAUGCCAAAUAUAUUGAUUCCCAUGUACAUGUUGACCAAUUUUUAAUUAGAUCAAAUAAAACAUUAGAAGACUUUGAUUCAUUUAAACAAGAACAUUUCCCAAAACAAUUUGAAGCAUUAAUUCAAGUUUGCUGUGAUCCAGUAUCGAUAGAAUAUACCGAUUUCUUAAUUAGUAAAUUCGAUACUAUAUAUGCAGCUUACGGUGUGCAUCCACACAAUGCAAACGAAUAUACCGACCAAGUAGAAAGUAAGUUGGUUGAAAGAAUGAGCAAUCCAAAAGUAUUGGCAUGGGGUGAAAUGGGUUUAGAUUAUUUCUAUAAUAAAUCAACUGUAGAAGAACAACAAACAGCAUUCGCACGUCAAUGUAAAAAGGCAGUCGAAUUAGGCAAGCCAUUAGUUAUUCAUUCUCGUGAAGCUGAAGAAGAUACACUUCGUAUCCUUAAAGAAACUGUACCAAAAGACCAUAGAAUUCAUAUUCAUUGUUUCACCUCAUCACCUGACUUUGCAAAAUCUCUUUUGGAGUACUUCCCAAAUCUUUGUAUUGGUUUUACUGGUUGUAUCACUUUUAAAAAUUCACAAUCAAUUAGAGACUCGGUUGAAGCUGUACCAAUUGAACGUAUUCUUUUAGAAACUGAUGGACCAUACAUGACUCCAGAACCUUAUCGUGGUAAAAUUGCCCAUUCCGGCCAUAUUCCAUUAGUUGCAAAUUCUAUUGCCCAAAUUAAAAAUAUUCCAUUGGAACAAGUUUUAAAACAAUGUAGAUUAAAUACAAAUAAAAUAUAUGGUAUUUAA